CGCAUGAAUUGUCGGGCUGUCCUAAGCAGCAUCGCACAAUGCAAGCAGACACAGACACACAUCUGCGCAGACGUACAUGAAAUGAACGAAUUCAACAAACCAAAAGCGAUUCUGCUGCGCUAGCGACGGUGGCCUUGUAUUGAUCUGUGUAGCUUUGUCUUUGCCUGUACACACACCAGCUACUGCUGGCCUCUUGAGUGGUCAGCGGCUGUAGCGGAGUCUGUAUCUGCCGCACGAGUCGCGAUGGCCCGUGCCCAGGAACCUGCAUGUCAUCACGAGACAGAUACGCACAUACAAACGUCCGUCGCUUACUCGCGCACUUCGCCGUUCCAGCCGCACAUCUCGCCGCCCUCGUAGGCGCGCAUCUCCUCCAUGAACUCACCACGAGUGAUGCCCUUCUCCUGAACACGCAGGGGCACCAUACCCAAACCACACGUGUGUGGUUCGGGCGACACAGACAGGCCGACAUGGAGAUUCAAUACAUGGUUGAUACAUGAGUACCUUCAUCUUGUCUUCCGUCAAUCUGUUGUCAUCUGAGACACAUGCCUCCUCCUCUCCCCCUCUCUCUGCGCGUGUGUGUGCUAGGUGUGCGCGUGUUGCUCCUCUUUGUCUUCAGAGAAGCGCAUCAAUCGCUCGGGAAAUGAACCAAGAUAUAAAAUGUAGGCAGCGAUUCCCUCUCCUGCUGUGUGGCAACAACAACAAAGGGGAUGCGAUGUCCGUGUGAGUGUGAUGUGUGUCAUACAGGAACCGCCCUGCCCCACUCCCCUUGGCCACUCGCUGCCCUGCGCCGUUACUGUACUGUACCUGCACGGUGCUGACACACACACACACAUUCAAACAGCCCACGUCAUGUAAGUGAUGCUGGUGGCCACCCAGACACACGCAUUGAUACCUCCUCAGCCACUUCUGGGUUGAUGUCUUCAGGCGGCCGUUGUUGGUAAUCUGAAGGAAGGCCGAAUGAACAGAUUGUGUGUGGUGCCGAUGCGGAGCUCUCACCAUCAAGCUGCUGCUUGAGCCGGUUGAUCUCAUUUCUGAAUCGGGCGGCAACGGCGUACACCCCCUUCACGAGCUCGUCUCUCUCACGGGCGAAUUUCGCCUCCAUUGUGUCCUUCAUUGCCACUGUCGCCUGGUAGAUGCAUGCACACAAGAGAGAGGAAAGGAAGCGCACGGACCGAUGCAUGUACGAGGGCGUGUGGAUGGAAAAUGUGUCGUUGGCUCUCACCGCCAGCUCAUCUUUGGUCUUUGUUAGCGUGUCUCUGGUAGAAUGCAUGGCAUAGGAUGCGCAAAGAUUCCAUGUCUAUGCGUGUACGGUACCUCAGCUCAUUCAGCCUGCGAUACUCGGCCAUGGCCUCCUGCAGCUCCUGAACAAUCUGGCCGCCCGUCGCCGUCUUCUCAACCUUCACCAACACCUGUGGGUGGCAGAGGACAGCACACACACACAGAGGGAGAGAGAGAGGGAGAGACGCCAUGUGUGUGUGUCCAGCCGUCUGGUGUUGUCUGACCUGAUCCAGGCCCUUGCGAGGCUCGUCGUUCUCUGGCUCGAUCAUCUUCAGACCCUCCUGCACACAGAGAAAGUCCCUGAAGCCACAUACACGAAUAAAUGACACAAUGACAUCUUGAUGAGAUCAUCGAUGAUUUCAUUGAUUGUUCUCGUCCGCGAGCUCCUGCUUCUCCUUCUUGAGCGUUUUGUUCUCCAUCUCCAGACCCUCAUUCUGGUCGCUGAACCAAAGCAAGGGAAAGUGACACCGCACAGGCAUGACAUCGAUGUGCACAUGUGUUGAUCUGUAUGCGCACCUUCCCUUCCUCCUCCAGUCUCUCGUAGAGGCGGCGAUUCUCCUCUUCCAGCUCUGCUGAUCGGCCCUCCAGGUCCCAAAUCUCCUUGCUCGCACUGAGAUUAGCUUCCAAUAGAUUGUGAUUGGACUCGAUCGCGAGGCCUCGGAAGGCACUGGCGCGGUGCUUGUGCUCGAGCAUCUGGUCGGUUGAGAGGAGGCGCAUACAAUAGGCAGACAUUCAUGCCCCUUCCAUACUGGUCUUUCUGACCUCUUCCCUCGUCCUCUUCUCUCGUCAUCCUUGGUCGCUUCUCGGUCCGUCGGCCUUAGUCGGCUUCCUUUCUGAAAUCGCCCAAGAGGCUUGCCAGAAAGUGAGCGUCUCUUGCCUUCUGCAGGCGUACAUACACACCUACCGUCCAAAGAGAGGGAAACAGAGAGCGGGCAACGGGUCAGGUAUGUGACUCGGAGCAGUCGGAAUGGGCGGCGGCACACGAGGGGCAGGGGGCGGGUGGAAGGGUGGUCGCACAGAGCACACAGGCAGGAGAAG